GCAUGCGUAUAGUGUUGUGGACGAACUGGUGUGAAACAUUUAAUUCUGCAAUGAUUUCGCGUGUUUUUAUACAGAGACGGGGUUUCUCGUUGCCUUUUGUGUAUAAUUUACAACGGCGUGCUAUAACAGUCCAGAAUCUCUGUCUGUCUUCACACACUGAUGAAGUUCACUUAGCGGAGGAAGCCAGCAAGAAAUAUGGAAGUCCUGCUCCGACUAUAUUUUCCAAAAUUAUUGACAGAUCUAUUCCUGCAGAUAUAAUUUACGAAGAUAACAAGUGUUUAGCGUUUCGGGACAUCAGUCCACAGGCUCCUGUUCAUUUCCUGGUUAUUCCCAGAACUCCUAUCCCAAGGAUAAGUGACGCUCAUGAUGAUGAUUCACCGCUCCUUGGACAUCUCUUGGUAGUAGCAAAAAAUCUGGCAAAGAAAGAAGGAUUAAGUGAGGGAUACAGAUUGGUUAUCAAUGAUGGGAAACAUGGGGCUCAGUCUGUGUAUCACCUGCACCUUCAUGUCCUUGGAGGAAGACAGAUGCAAUGGCCUCCAGGAUAGAUGACCACUCUGUCCAUUAGUGUUUAACUGUGAAGAGAAUGUUCAAAUAUUCAAUAUGCAGUCAAUUUAAAUAAGUAGUUAGGUACAGCAUAUCAAAAAUAAUAAUUAUAGGUAAAAAAUGUGGCAUGCAAUAAGGGUUUGUGCCUUUAAAAAUAUAUAUAUAAUUAUUUAUUUACUUUUUUUGCAUUAUGGUUUCUAAAUUGAUUUGUCAGUAUGAACAUGCUAGUGUGAACCUCACUGCUCAGUUUAUUAUAGUUAAUAUCAUCAUGCAGGUUGCUAUUGGUUCAUUACGUGCCACUCCACAAGUGCCUCAACUGCAAAAAGGCAUUUUACCUUGACCUAGUUUCCUCUGCCAUUAAACAUGUACCAAUCCAGCUGGAGCACUCAGACAUUUUAUUUGGACCUUGACCCCAAAUAUGGCCUUUGUGCUAAUUUGUCAGUUCCAUUUAAAAAACUGAAAUAAAUAAUAAUCUUGAUGACUACUGAUAUAUUAUGAUAGCAAGGUAUUUGACCUUCAGCUUCCUCUGAUCUUCAGUUCAUGUUGUUUCUGUAGUAACAUACAGUGAUUGCUUUAUGAUAUGUACAGUGUCUUGCAAAAGUAUUCAUCCCCCUUGGUGUUUGUCCUGUUUUGUUGCAUUACAAGCUGGAAUUAAAAUGGAUUUUUGGAAA